AGGAGCUCUUAUUUUACCUGCUCCUGACAGCUCAGGGAGAAAUGGUCUCGGUUUCGCGGCGAAGAGCCGGUAAGGUGGACAGACUGAAGUUCGGAUCCAGCUUCCACACUUACUAGCCCUGUUACUGUCUGCCCACAGUUCUGUGGAACAAUUGAAAACUUCCUACUCCCCUGAGUUGAGAGGCUCGAUACCAGAAGACAGCCCUGUAUGGCUCCAGGUCCCAACAUCCAGGGAGCUUAUCAGCUUCCGCCAAAUUUUUCUAAGAAACGGUCGGCCGCUCUAGCCAUUUGGUCCUCCAGGUGUCGGUGGUGUGAAGCCUCGCGCUUGCGCGGCGUGGGCGGAGGCGGCAGCGGCGGCGGCGGGCGAGAGGCGUUCCAGGCGAGCUGGGCGCGGCAGCGGCUCGAGGAAAAGUGGGAUGGAGCGACGUCUUCCUCUGCAGGUCUCGGUCGUCUCCGGACCCCGUCAUCUGAGGCUUCUCCGAAGUCCAGUCGAGCGCUCGGGCGGCCCACGCAGCGUCUUACCCCGGACAGCACCCGAGAAGGUGGAGAACCUUCUGGAGGACCGCCUUGGGCCUCCCUCUCAUCUCCCCACCUGAAAAACCCUACUCCCAGCGCACCCCGGGGGAAUCUUUGAAGAAGGAAAAAGCCCCAGUUUAUCUGCGAAUUUAGCCCUCUCGAGUCCCGGAGUUAAUUCAUAUAGAGGGUUCAUCUCCAGGAUCUCUGGCUUUUGAUGGCACCAUUUAGACACAGGAGCUCAGAAUCUCCCAGAGCUGCCUGUCUCCAUUUGGGGGGAACUAAGAUCUUCUUCAAGUAACUUCAUCGUGUGAUUUUAUUCGGAACCAUGCUGAACCAUUCCCAUAUUUGCAAACAGCUGCCAUCUACCAUCUCACACCCUUUCUUUGGGUCCCUGUUCCCAUAGUCAUCCAUUUGGAACAUGGCCAUAUAUGGCCUCAUGUCUGAAGCCAUUCAUUCUGGUAUGCAAAGAAGACUUUUUACACAGAUGUCCUUAGAGACAAUAUGGAUCAGUCCGGAGUUCUCCUCUGGGUGAAAGCAGAACCCUUUAUAGUGGGCACCUUACAGGUCCCACCACCAUCCAAGUUCAGUCUUCACUACCUCAGGAAGAUAUCCACCUAUGUGCGAACCCGGGCCAUAGAGGGAGCUUACCCACGCCUAUACUGGUCAACCUGGAGGCACAUUGCAUGCGGGAAGCUACAGUUGGCUAAGGAUCUGGCGUGGCUUUACUUUGAAAUCUUUGAUAGUCUUACAGUGAAGACACCAGAGGAGCGUCUGGAGUGGUCUGAGAUUCUGUCCAGUUGCACAUCUGAGGAUGAAGUUGAAAAGCAGAGAAAUCAGCUUUCAGUGGACACCCUACAGUUUCUGCUGUUCUUAUAUAUACAGCAGUUAAAUAAAGUCUCCCUAAGGACAUCUUUGAUUGGAGAAGAGUGGCCUACUCCCAGAAACAGGUCUCAGUCUCCUGACCUGACCGAAAAAUCCAGUUGUCAUAAUAAGAACUGGAAUGAUUACAGUCACCAGGCGUUUGUCUAUGACCAUCUGUCAGAUCUCCUUGAGCUGCUUUUAGAUCCAGAACAACUCACUACAUCCUCUCAUUCGACUAAUAGUAGUCUAGUCUCUAGAGAAGCUGUUGUGGCACUCAGCUUUCUUAUUGAAGGUACAGUGAGGAGAGCCAGGAAGAUAUAUCCGCUUCAUGAACUUGCGCUAUGGCAACCACUGCAUACAGAAAGUGGCUUCUCAAAGAUCUCUAAGACCUUUUCUUUCUACAAGCUGCAAACCUGGUUGAGAGCCUGUUUGACUGGGAAUCCAUUUGGUACCUCUGCUUGCCUCAAGUCUGGAAAGAAAUUGGCUUGGGCUCACCAAGUUGAAGGGACGACCAAAAGAGCUAAGAUUGCUUGUAAUACUCAUGUGGCCCCUAGGAUGCACCGCAUGGUGGUGAUGAGCCAGGUUUACAAGCAGACAUUGGCUAAGAGCUCAGAUACUCUGGUGGGGGCACAUGUAAAGAUUCAUCGUUGCAACGAAUCUUUUAUAUACCUGCUCUCUCCCUUACGAUCUGUGACAAUUGAGAAGUGCAGAAAUAGCACAUUUAUUCUUGGCCCAGUACAGACUACUCUUCACCUCCAUGGCUGUGACAAUGUUAAAGUCAUUGCUGUUUGUCAUCGUUUGUCCAUCUCUUCUACUAUAGGCUGCAUCUUUCACAUUCUGACGCCUACACGCCCACUUAUUUUCUCUGGGAACCACACAGUAACUUUUGCCCCUUUUCAUACCCAUUACCCAAUGCUGGAGGACCAUAUGGCCAGAACCGGCCUUGCUACAGUGCCUAACUAUUGGGAUAAUCCAAUGAUUCUGUGCAGAGAGAACAGAGACACAAGUGUGUUCCGACUCUUACCACCUUGUGAAUUCUAUGUAUUUAUUAUUCCCUUCGAAAUGGAAGGGGACACAACGGAAAUACCUGGGGGUCUUCCAUCCGCAUAUCAGAAAGCACUGGGCCAAAGAGAACAAAAGAUACAGAUCUGGCAGAAAACUGUGAAGGAAGCUCAUUUGACAAAGGAUCAAAGGAAGCAGUUCCAGAUCCUGGUGGAGAAUAAGUUCUAUGAGUGGUUGAUUAAUACAGGACAUCUCCAACAGCUGGACAGCCUCGUGCCCCCUGCAGCAGGUUCCAAACAAGCAGCAGGAUGAGACUCUUACAUCAGAGCACUGGGCCCUGGAAGAAUGAGGAUGAAAGGAAGAUGAUGUACAUCUUGAAACUAAAUUGGGAAGGUGCGCUUGCUGCUUGAAAGACAUCAGGGCUUUUUCUUCCUGUUUAAGACCUUUCCUUGAUUUCCAUCGCAUACUUAUUUAUUACCAUUUCAGUUGAAUUUAGGUGAACUUCUGACCAUCAUAUAAAUGUACUGUUUAUAGAACAUGGGAUGAUUCAUCUUUGUGAUGCCAAAAUGUAAAAGUUGAUGAGGCCAGCCCCAUUGUAUAUAUGUUCAUUUUAAAGUGAUUGAAUGUAGAUUUAUAAUAAGUUAACUUCACAUUUUAAUUUGUAUGAUAAAAGGAUUUCAUCCUUUCUGAGGUUGAGAGUUUUAUAGUUCUUUGUAACUAUGUAAAAGGAAAUUUCUACUCUUUUCAAAAAUAAUUGGAAAGAAAGUAUAAUUGUUGGUAUAUAAAUGUAGCGAAGAUAGUUUUAUGCAAAGAUAUUUUAGUCCUUAAAGUAUAAAACUUAAUGAAAUUGUAAAGUCUUUAUUUUCACUUUGUGCUUCAGAUUUUCAAUAAACAUGCCAUUAAAAGUAAUUUUUUCCUUUUGAUGAAAAGAUAAAGCUUCACUUAUAACUUUAGAAAAAGGUUUCCAGUGUUAUUCUGUGAUAUAUCAAAAUACAGUUUACAUUCGAUUGGGAAAGCUGUGUUCUUUAACAUAAAAUAAUUAUCAAAUUAGUAAAAUGAAUCUGAUUGCUGAUAAAUGUUUCAUGUGCUCGUUGACCAUUGAAUUCUUAAUUAUUUCAAGAAAAGGCUUGAACUUUAUUUCUAAAGUGAAAAUUAAACCUUGGAAUUUGUUAAUUCUGAGGUUUUCAUAGUUUUUAAGAUGAAAUUCAAGGAAGCAGAGUAUUAUCAAAUAAACACAGGAGUG